AUGGAAUCGUACACUUUCGAAGAAAUCACUCAAGCCCCAAAACCUGAUUCUCACAAUCUUCUUCGCUUGUUGAAAUCAAGUUACGGCAUCACUCAAGCUCAUGUGACAGACCUCACUGGCUAUGAAGACUGUAAUUUUCUACUGUCGGACGUUAUAUGGGAAAAUGGCGGACCAACCCAUGCGAUUUUAAAAGUGACGAACCCUAUAGAAGCUCGCAGUGAUGCGAACAUCGAUUUCCAGGUAAAGAUUUGUGAAAUUCUCAAUGAAAACGGGAUCGCGUGUCCGAGAACCAUCAAAAGACUCGAUGGACGUGAUUGGGCAUGGGAGGUAGUAGCCGACGAAGUUCAACUGCCUGUGCGGGUAUUUGAGGUUCUUCCUGGCGCGAACCUCGAAAACUUCAACCUCGAGCCUGAACUUGUACAAGAGAUCGGUAGACUUUUGGCGAAGUUCCACGUUGUGGUUGAUAAUUCAGGAUUGUCAGUUGCCCACGUUCCUUUUAUCGCAGUGGCCUAUCGACGAAGUAUUCUAAAGGAGAUGGAGUUACAGUUGAACGCUUCGAUGAUAUCCACUGAUGAAGCGCAGUUAAUCAGGGAUUGCUUGGCAGAGUUCGAUGACCGAAUAGGAAAUAAUUUUGAACACAAUGAAACAGCCUCACUUUUGCAACUAGCCGUUCCUAAAGGACGAAAGGACGAUGAAUAUCUAUUUGUACUUCUGAGAGGGAUUCUGAUAGCUCUAAUUCCCAAUCAAGGAAAUUUUGAAAAUCAAAGGCCUGAUGAAAGAAAUGCCUAA